AUGGUUUUUAUAACUACUCGCCAAUCACAACAUUUCCGAAGGGUUUAUAAGCGACCUGAGCGCGAGACUGAUUUGGACUGGGAGCUCUUGCUUAAGAAUAUUCAAGAAAGUGAGCAGUCGGAAUAUCAGUGGAACCUGGAACGAGUUUUCAUUUGUUAUAAUGCUUAUUGUUUAGGAAUCGAAAGAGCUUCAGAAAUACAUAGAAUUCCUGUUGACAAGGUCGCCAAGGAAAGAAGAGCGCUUGAUGCGCGGAAAUUUCAAGACCAGCAUGGCCUUCCAGAAGAUUCGGACAGUGAUGAAGAAACCGAUGAUUACUGUGAUUCGUUUUGCAGAAAAAUGCAUGUUGGUGUCCAAUCAGUUUUAUCAUUCUGUGUAUCUCCAUCUCUUCAAAGUGAACUACAUAAUCAUGCAAUCGCUGGUGUAGGUGUCGCUUUGAAAGAGGCCACAUCAAAUGAAUUCCGAGCUUAUUGUGAACAAGUCUUGAAAAACGCCAAAGCUUUUGCCGAAGCGUUAGUGGCUAAGGGAUAUUCUUUGGUCUCUGGUGGAACCGAUAAUCAUCUUUUACUAUUGAAUUUACGAGAUAAAGGACUUGACGGUGCAAGAUUAGAGGCAAUUCUCAAUCACUGUGACAUAAUUGGUAAUAAAAACACUUGUCCUGGCGACGAAUCUGCUCUAUUUCCUGGUGGAAUCCGACUUGGUGCUCCCGCUUUGACUACUCGAAACUUUGUGGAAUCAGAUUUUGCCAAAGUUGCCAAUUUUAUCGAUGAAGGUGUUCAAUUGUCUCUCAAAGCGAAACCUUCAUAUGGUUAUUUGCAAUGAUUUCAACUAAAUUUCUCCGUCAAAGUUUCUAAUUUUUAAUCAAAACUUUAAUUUCUUAAUUUUUAAAUAGGUAAAACUGUCAAUGAUUUCAAGAAAUUCAUCACCACCGACAAGCAAACAAUUAAGAAACAUCAUCAGAAAAUUUGAGAACGAGAAAAUUUACAGAGUCCUACGAACUAAAGAUAAGAUUAUUCUUCGCAAUUGCACGUACAAAGGGUUGUUGACAAUAGAAUUACAAUUGAUUGCUAAUAAUCAACAUAGAAAACAAUCAAUUGGCUGAGCAAAGAUUGAAAAGUAUUGAAUUUUUCGAUGCAUUUGAUUCUUAGAUUUUUAGCAAAGAAAAGAUAACAAUCAAUAUAUUGGAAGGACAUUUGAAUGGGAAUAGAACAAGAGAGAGAAACAAGAUGAAGAUGUUGAUGAAAAGAAAACAAGUUUCAUCAACAAGGAUUAUUCACUUACUUUAAUGAUCGAGC